AUGCCACGUCGGAAGUCCCUGUUGAUCGGCAUAGACUAUACAGGAAGCGAGAAUGCGUUGGACGGGUGUCACCAAGAUGUCGACAACGUGGCCGAGUUUAUCAAAUAUCGAGGCUACCAAGACACCCCACAAGACCAAGUCGUUCUUCGAGACGAUUUGGCCAACGAGUAUUCGCCAACAGGACACAACAUCCUAGCGGCCAUCGACUGGCUGGUCAGCGAAGAACAUACAACAUGUUUCUUCCACUAUUCCGGUCACGGCGGUCAGAUCAACGAUCCGAAUGGUAGACGUCCAUCAGGCCUCCUUGAUACCAUUGUACCCGUCGAUUUCGAGGACAAUGGCCAGAUUGACUCGGAUAUGCUCCAUCAACAUCUCGUGUCUAAACUGCCACCAAGCAGUACUCUUUUCCUCAUCCUCGAUUGCUGUCACUCCGGCUCAACCCUGGAAUUGCCGUUCGUCUACCGAAGUAGUGAAGACGGCGAGAUUCAUAAACUUAAUACGUACGAAGCUGGAGUUGCACUUUUGAAAGAAGCGAAAGAGAUGAUAACAGGCGAUUUUAGCCUCGACAGAGAAGCUCGCGCUCGAGACCUCUACGCCGGAGCCACUUCGUUUUUGCGCAGCUUGAGACACAACCGACAGUUGACCGGUGUCAGGAAGACGGUCACCAUGUUCUCUGGAUGCAGGGAUGAAGAAACCAGUGCCGAUGCUCAGAUCAAUGGUGUCAGUGAAGGCGCCAUGAGCUGGGCAUUCCUCGAAACCAUGAAGUCCAAUGGAGCUCCAACUUACAAGGAGGCAGUAAUAACAUAUCUCACUUGA